UGCUGCGUUUUACGCCUUGUAAUAAGUCUUGCACGGUCAGGUUUACUCAGUUGCCUUUGGUCUCUCACUUGGUGCAGCAGCAGCUGAGCGUUCAGAGAUGCCGCAAAGGUUCUCCUCUCGUUUCAUCCUACUUGCAGCCACGCUGCAACAGCUCGCACUCGCCGGUCCCACACCGCAAGCGGCCGUCGUCGUGCAGCUUUGGGAAAACUGGUCGACAUGGUCGACCUGCUCGAGACACUGCGGAGGAGGCGUGUCUAAGAGGACAAGGAUGUGCCUGAUAGAUGAAUCCGACGGCUGGGAAGGGAGCUUGACACCUACACUCUGUCCUGGAGACGACCGACAGUACAGAUCUUGCAACACACAGACCUGCAGUGAAGAGGAGAGUGUGAGCGACUUCAGAGAUUUGCAGUGCUCUCUGUUCAACUCGAUGAGUCACAACGGAAGGUAUUACGACUGGCUGCCCUACACCAAGAAUGACAAUGGCACUAUUAAUUCAUGUGCACUCAACUGUUACCCCGAUGGAGAAGAUUUCUUUGUUACCCUAACUGAAGAGGUUGUUGAUGGGACUUCAUGCUCUGAUGACAUUGGCCAUCCUGCCGUUUGUGCUGAUGGCACGUGUUUGACAACAGGUUGUGAUGGACUAAUUGGAUCCACCCUGAAGUAUGAUGAAUGUGGUGUUUGUGGAGGAAACGGCAGCACUUGUUUUCUUGUAACUGACCAAUUUGAACGCAGUGUGCAAAACAGAAACUAUUACACUAUUGCCAUUAUUCCUGCAGGGGCAAGGACUAUCCACAUUCAGCAGCUUCGACCAACAAAAAGCUACCUUGCUGUUUUCGAUGUUGCUGCCAAUAAGACAGUCCUUAAUGGAAACUGGACAGUCAACCUACCCGGUUUAUACCACAUCGCAGGCACAGUAUUCAAGUACAUCAGACAGUCUGUGCUCAUGCGACAACAUACACAAGAUUCAUUGUACGCGCCAGGACCAAUCACAAAUCAACUUAUCAUUCUAAUGAUGGUGUCGGGAAAAGGACAACAUUCCCACCAAUUUAACUACUCCUACACGAGACCAAAUGAAGACAAAGGAUCAAGUGUAACGAUGCCACCAAACUACGAACACCAGUUCUUAAAUACAAAAUAUCCCGGACAGCCUAAUCAAGAGCAAGAAAAGUCACGAAAAAACAAUGUGCCACCUGAAGGAGGAGUAAUAAAAAAUAAUUCUAACCAAAUAUCAAAGAAACCUAAGUGGGCCGAGGGUCCUUUUAGCAGUUGCUCACAAUCAUGUGGAACAGGCUUUAAAGUAGCUCAGUACCAAUGCAAGCAAGGCAACCAAAUUCUCAAUGACUCAUUAUGCACGAAAGCAAAGCCAGAUGAUAAACUUAAAAACUGCCGAACAUUUGACUGUCAACCAAACUGGAAAAUUGGUAUGUGGACCAGCUGCUCUCAGACCUGUGGAGGUGGAAUGAGAACAAGGACAGUUGAAUGUUGGCGGAAACCAGCUGAUGGCCCUUUGCAGCAAACACCAGAAAAAUUCUGUCCAAGUGUAAAACCAGCCGCAAAAGAAUUAUGCAAUAAAGAGAUUUGUUGGAAAGGAUGGUGGAACGCACAUAAAUGGCAGAAGUGUAACAACACGUGUGGUAAUGGCUACCAGCGUCGGCAUGUUCACUGUUUGUCUCUCACAACCAACGACCCAAUACCUGAAACGUACUGCAACCCAAGAACACAGCCAUCUAAACGGCAACCAUGCUACAGCCGACAGUCAUGCUAUAGCCUCUGGUUUACAGGACCCUGGCAACCAUGUCACGCAAAGUGUGGCAUGGGAGUUCAAAACAGAACCACCUUCUGCUACGGCACAUUAACAGGUGAUCUGGAUGAUCGUACAGAACUGCCAGAUAUGUUUUGUGAUCCCGAUAAAAGAGCUGGGAUACAAACAACAAGAACGUGCAAGCCAAAGCCUUACGUGCCUUGUCCUCCUGACUGGGUUCCUGGGAACUGGACAGAGUGCAGCAAAACUUGUGUGACAACGAAGCAAUACCGAAACAAAACAAACUGCAUGGAAAAUGGCAAGUCGACAUUUGGUCUAUGUGACACUGACACCGAAGCCUAUCAAUCCAGAAGCGUAACAUGCAUGUAUGAUGGCAAGCGAGCCCCUGGUCAAUGUGAUAUAAUCCCUAAGCCUUACGAGUACAAACACUGUUCAUCUCUUCCUUUCUGUACCAGCUGCAUUGACAGAAAGCCAAGUUUUUGUCAGUUGCUCAAGAAUCCGCACUUUCAAGAAAUUCAGUUGUGCUCGUAUUCCCAGAAUCGACACAACUGUUGCAAGACGUGCCAUGAACUGGACGAAGAAAAAGACAGAAAAACUCAACCUUUAUGAGUCUGUUAGUCAGUCCUUCAGCCCAGGGACUAUUUUCUUAUUGAAACUUUGUUGCAUCGCAGAAUAAUAUAAUAGAACAGAUGAGGGUGGUAGACAGGUUUCUGGUAUAGUAUAAGAUGAUAUACUGGCAACUAGAAUUUGACUUUAAUUACAUAAUAUUACUUUGAGAGUUUGA